AUGUUGGAGUCAAACUUUAUCAAUUGGAUUCGAAGGCUGUAUGGUUUUCCUAUAAAAAGUUCAUGUCAUGGGUUAGUUGGAAAAACCGAAUUUUUUUUUUUCAGGUCGUUCUCCCGGGAACUCGCUGAAAAGAGUCCUUUACGACGUAAAAUAAUGACCGUCCCUAAUGCUCUUUGCUUUUUCAGAAUGGGAAUAACUCCUUUUAUUGGGUAUUUGGUGAUCACUCAUUAUUUUGGGUCUGCUUGCUGCUUACUUGUUAUUGCUGGAUUAACUGAUUUGCUUGAUGGUUAUAUAGCACGGCAUAUGCGCGGACAGUCAUCUUCUCUGGGUAGCAUUAUAGACCCAGUUGCUGAUAAGGUCCUUGUUACUACAAUGUUUUUGACUUUAACAUAUGUAAACUUGAUCCCCGUUGUAUUGACUACAUUGGUAGUUCUACGCGACCUUGGUUUGGUAACGGGUGGUUUUUUGAAACGCUUUAAGAUGUUACCACCUCCAGUAACUCUUAAACGAUUCUUUGAUUCUUCUAUUACUCCAUUUCAAGUGACCCCAACUUUUCUUAGUAAGGUGAACACUGCUUUACAACUCACUGUGGUGACGUUUAGUCUCGCUGCUCCUGUAUUUGCUUUUACUAAUCAUUCUUGGCUGUCUUAUUUAUACUUAAUGACUGGCAUAACAACCGUUUCGUCUGGUAUGCAGUAUGUAAUCCUUGACAGAAUGAAGCGAUUAUGA